GGGCUGACAGGUGUCUGAUUAGAUAUUAACAGUCGGAAUAAAUAGCCGGCUCGCUUCGAGCGUAAAUCAAAUAACGUGUCACCGACAUCGACAUUGUAUCAAUAUCUCGUAACACUUGAGGAGAUCAUGAGAGUUUACGCUUUCGCUUGUAUAAUUGUUGCGUUCUGCGUUGCGGCGUCUAUUCAGGACACUCCUUACGCGCCGUGUUCCGAUGGACCUUUGCCGACGUCAUUGCGGGUGGAAGGAUGUGACAAGUCUCCUUGCAGCCUCCACAAAGGGACCGACUUGAUUGCGGAAUGGGACUUUGAUGCUAAAUCUGACGCGAACACGCUGGAAACCAAAGUGAUGGUCAAGGUCGCAGGAGUCAUAAUGGAGUACCCGUAUCCUCAGCCGAAUGCGUGCAAGUCCUUGUCGAAAGGCAAGUGUCCGUUCAAGAAGGGCGAUCAGCUUAGAUACAAUCUGAAGAUGCCGAUAAGUUCGAGUUACCCACUGGUGAAACUAAACAUCCAAUUUAGCCUGUUCGACGAGAAGAAGCAGGUUCAUGUGUGCUUCAAAUUAGACUGCAAGGUGACGAACUAGUAGUCUCUUUUGAGACUUUCAACGGAGGGGAUUCUUGCGCACACAAGGAGCGCGCGUUCUUGACGAUAGAAAAAUUGUGGAAUGACACUGGCUAUUCGGCGAUUCUUUCUUCAUGGCGCUUGAAUUUUAUUUAGAAACUGCAUUCUAUCGCUCUAUAUCUUAUACAUCAAGGCAUAUCAAAGAUCGACGAACCGAGUUGUAGGACCGAGUGUUAAGAUGUAUAUAGCAGGGAAAGAAUUUAGAUUCACUGCGAACGCCUCGAUCAACUUGAAAGACAACUUCGGUGCCAUGAUUUAAUGUAUACGCGCGUGCACACACAUACACACACGAUACUCACACGCUUGUGUAUAUGUGUGGAUAAUAAUAUAUACGAUAAUAAAAAUCACAAUCUAAAAGAUAAGUCACACUCAAGAAAUUCUUGUAUCAUAUUUACGUUUGCGCAAACUCUUUCAUCGAAACUUUCGUAGCAAGGCAAACUUACGAAUAUAAUUUCCGUCCCGCGGAAGGACGUCAUAAUUUGCCCGAUACAAUUAAAUUGUCAAAAACAAACAUGUGAGAUCUUGCUUCCUGUAAGUAAGGACGCAUAAAACUUAAUCUCUCCAGAUUUUCCAUCCCCUUCCCCCACACUCGAAGAAAGAAUAUUAUCUGAAUAACGAAUAAUAAUCGAGACAUGAAUGAAGUCAUUUAGAAUAAAAUUGGCAAUUGUCUGAUAACUCGCCAAGCAUCAAGCAUCCGCCAAGCGAAUAACAACGAAAGCGAUUGUUCAGAUGUUUGAUUCGGCUUUUUGAUAAUUAGAUAAUUUAAUUUUGAUAAUUUCAGAGUGUUUUUAACAUUAUCACCUUCCGAGGGUAUCAAGCGGAAUAAUAUAUUUUCGAUUGCGUCGAGUAAUUCUUCCGAGCUUAUCGCUCUUUAGCAUAGGUAUUCCAUUAGAUAUUAAAAAUAGAACGAACAAAGUCGUCUUCGUCUCGAAGAGACGAGAUUCAGUUGUCGUUCCUCGGUGAACCCGUACGACCAUAAAGGUUCUCAUUAAGCCGAUCUCUUUUAAAUUUCCAGUUUAUCGAUUAUUCCCGAUUGAUGUUCGGUCGUAAUUACAUGUCCACUGUAACGUAACUUUUUUUUAUCGAUAAAAAUUUUACAACACUUA